UGCGGCAAUGCGAUACCUCCUCCCAGCCGCACGAUGGCGCCGAGCACGCUGGAGAGCAGGGGGGCGGGGGACCCUGAGCGCGGCGGCCACUUUCCGGACUGCCGCGGCUCUGCCAUCUGUCACCCUGGCCCUUCUCUGCUUGGACGGUGUUUUCCUCUCCUCGGCCGAAAAUGACUUUGUCCACCGGGUCCAGGAGGAGCUGGAUCGCUUCCUGCUGCAGAAGCAGCUAUCCAAGGUCCUUCUUUUCCCCCCAGUCUCCAGCCGCCUGCGGUACCUGAUCCAUAGAACAGCAGAGACUUUUGAUCUCUUGAGCAGCUUCUCUGUUGGGGAGGGCUGGAAGAGGAGGACAGUCGUCUGUCACCUGGACAUCAGGGUACCCAGUUCAGAUGGCCCCUCUGGGCCCUGCCGCCCUCCUGCCUCCCAUCCCAGCAAGUACCGUGGUCCUCGGUACACCUCACAUCAGGGAGCAGCUGCUGGUCCCCGAGGUGCUCCUGGUGGCCGGUGGCAUCGUGGACGGAAGCCCGAUCAGCCUUUGUAUGUGCCCCGGGUGCGUCGAAGGCAAGAUGAACCGGUAGCACCCUCCGUCCCAGGCCUCAAGGGAGAGGCCCCAGCUGGUGGAGUUUCCGAAGAGCCUGGAGGGGCUGGGGACCCUGAAGCUGAUCGGGGAGUCCCUAUGUUGGUGACUCAGGGAACAGAGCUCCCGAAGAGCCCAGAUUCGGGCUAUGCAAAUGAUUCACAGCUGGAGCUGGGUGACACUGAGUCCUCCGAGAAUCCUUCUGAGAAGGAACAAGGGGUAGAGACAGUCCUGCAGCAGGGGUCCAGCUCACAGCUGGCCGUGGAGGAGGAAAAUAGGAGUCAUCUGGUGCAGAGCCUGGUGGACCAAGAAGAGGAAAAGGGAGAGGGAAAGGAGAGAGAGACAGUGGGUAAGGAAGAAGAGGAGGUAGGCAAGCAGAAAGGGAUGGUGCAUGAGGAGGAAGAGAAGAUGGAUGAGCAGAAAGGGAUGGUGCAUGAGGAGGAAGAGAAGAUGGAUGAGCAGAAAGGGAAGGUGCAUGAGGAGGAAGAGAAGAUGGAUGAGCAGAAAGGGAUGGUGCAUGAGGAGGAAGAGAAGAUGGAUGAGCAGAAAGGGAAGGUGCAUGAGGAGGAAGAGAAGGUGGAUGAAGAAGAAGAAAAAGUGGAUGGGGCAGAAGAGGAAGAGGAUGAUGACAUGGACCAUGACGAUUCCAGUGAGCUGCUGCAGGAGAUCACAGCCAACCUGACCGAAAAGGAGAUUGAGAUAGAGAAAAUCCACCUGGACACAUCCUCCUUCUCAGAAGAGCUACCUGGGGAGAGGGACUUGGCCCACGUGGUGGAGAUCUAUGACUUUAAGCCAACACUCAAGACGGAGGACCUGCUGGCCACCUUCUCUGAGUUCCAAGAGAAAGGCUUCAAGAUCCAGUGGGUAGAUGACACUCACGCCAUCGGCAUCUUUCCCUGCCAGGCCUCAGCUGCUGAGGCCCUGGCAAAGGACUUCUCCGUGCUCAAGAUCCGGCCGCUCACACAGGGGACAAAGCAGUCCAAGCUGAAAGCCUUGCAGAGACCAAAGCUCCUGCGGCUAGUGAAGGAGAGGCCACAGACAGAUUCAGCGGUGGCCCGCAGGCUGGUGGCCCGAGCCUUGGGGCUCCAACACAACAGAAAGAAAGAACUGCCUGCUGCCCAGAGUCUCCCGCCGUCUUGAGGCCCCAGACCCAGCUGUCCGAACUAGGCUGGGCCCCAACACCACACACGCCUUUACAGACCCAAGGACAGCCCCUGGCCCCCACUGGAGCAGCGGUGGCGCACGGCAGGCUUUUGUUGAUCUGGUCCCAGAAAUGGAGAAGAAAUAAAAAUUUGAAGUUGUA